GGCGAUGAUGCUACCCAAGUGUUCCCGGUGGCAAUUUCGAGGACAGCGACUGUUGGCAUCCUCAAGGAAGCAAUCAAAGAUAAGAAGCAGGUCGCUUUCCAACACGUUGACGCCAAUGACCUCGCACUCUGGAAGGUUUCCAUCCCAGUCGACGACAGUUUUGAUGCGAAUGUUGAACGUGAAAACAAACAAGUACUAGUGUCUGUGAAGAGAUUGUCCCACCUUUUUCCGCAUCAACCUGAUGAUCAAAACCUACACAUCAUUAUUCGGUCCCCGCAUCCACCUAUUCUCGAACUGUAUUGUCUCGUUCGUGGCGAUGAUGCCGACCAUAUCUUUCCGGUCAAAAUUGCGAGUACAGAGUCUGUCGGCACCCUCAAGGAGAUCGUUAGGGAGAAGAAUAAGUUCGCUCUCGAACACAUGGACGCAAAGACCCUCACACUCUGGAAGGUUUCCAUCCCGGUCGAUGACAGUUUCAAGGAGAAUGUGAAGAAGGUUGAACUUGAAGAUGCCGGAUCGCUAUCACCUGUGGAUAUAUUAUCCGAGAUUUUCCUCCAUCCGCCUCAGCGUAGACAUCUCCACAUUGUCGUCCAGGUUCCACGUAUUGGUGAGUGCAUGAUUGACCAAUUAUUGUGUUACUCCUAA